UAUUACUGUUACACGUGCCAUACUUUGAUAUACAUAUUUGUAAGCCUACAACAACACUAUCUAAUUAAAUUAUUAAAAAAACGUCAUGGAGCACCAAUUCCGUGAACAAUAUGAAUACGAAUUAGGAGAAUACUGGAAAGCAAUUAUUAAAGAAGAUGUGACAAAAGGAAAUGAAAUCAACAAAAAGUUUUUACCACCGAAAAUACGUAAAUUUAUAUGGGACAUUUCCAAAGUACUAUUACAAGACCCGGAGAGUAUUCCAGGCAGUGCCUGUAGAAUUAUCGAACAAUUUUACGCAGAACAAGUAGAGAAGUAUUGCAAAUGUUCAGACUUUUAUGUGAAAAUCCAACUCAAAAGGAAGCUUAUGAUGGAUUUCCCACUAACCGUGAGCUGCGCGAUAUUUAUCGCUGCGAAAAUAGUCUGCAGGAACGCACGCGGCCUAGACAUUUACUUUCUAAUAUUCUAUCUUGCUACAAAUGAAAUUUACACAACCCCGCAAUUAUUGAUCCGCCACGAGUUUGAAAUAAUGAGAGUUUUAAACUUCAAACUUCCAUUGUGGAACGGUUUAGAAACAGCAUUAGUAAUAGCAAUGGCUGCUUCGAUGAAAGAAUUGUUGAUGGAAGUCAGUUAUGCGAUGGACUUAGCGGAGUACAGAGCUUCAAUAAUAAAUGAAGAAAUUUGUAAAGUCUCUGGCUCGAAGUCUGCAAUUUGCACUGCAAGAUUGUCCGCCGGUGUCGUCGUAGCUGUAGCUGAGAAAAAUGCUUUGAAUAUGGACCGGGUUUUAGAAUCAGUGUCGAUCUAUUCCAGCCUCACUAUUGAUUAUUUGAAAUUAAUCAAAGAUAUUAUUGUAAAGUAUAUUUAGGUAGUAUAGAAAUUAUACUAUGUAUUUGUUAUUGUUAUUUGUUAUUAUCUAUAAGUAAGUGGUUAAUUAUAAGCAAUCAAGUUGUAAAUAUUUAAAUACGAUUUGUAAUUUGUGAAUUUGCAAAACAGUUCUUGUUACUUUUUUUUAUUAUUCAUAAGUUACCUAGAGGUACCUACCUGCUUAAGCAAGAAAAAUAAAUUAUUCCGAAAAUGAUUAAAAAACACGAUACAAAAUAUGAUUUGCUGAUUUUCCCACCAAUUAUUGCAAUAGAUGAAUGAUGAUUAUUUUGAAAUACAGUGAA